CACCAAUAAUAAAGCGUACGACUACUGCUCAAGGUGAACCUAUAUUAAAACACUCAAACUCGCCGGAGAAUCAAAUAUCAUGGCGGAGAACGGCGGCGAUUCCACUCAGAAUCAGACCAACAGACACCAGGAAGUCGGCCACAAGAGCCUUCUGCAAAGCGAUGCUCUUUAUCAGUAUAUACUUGAGACGAGCGUUUACCCAAGAGAGCCAGAGCACAUGAAGGAGCUUAGAGAAAUCACAGCAAAACAUCCAUGGAAUCUGAUGACAACAUCGGCGGAUGAAGGGCAGUUCUUGAGCAUGCUUCUGAAGUUGAUCAAUGCCAAGAACACCAUGGAAAUCGGCGUUUUCACGGGCUACUCACUCUUAGCCACCGCUCUAGCCAUUCCCCAUGACGGAAAGAUAUUGGCGAUGGACAUCAACAAAGAAAACUAUGAACUGGGGUUGCCGGUGAUCCAAAAAGCCGGCGUCGCCCACAAAAUUGACUUCAGGGAAGGCCCGGCGUUGCCCAUACUGGAUCGCCUCCUUCAAGACGAAAUCAAUCACGGAACGUAUGACUUCAUAUUCGUGGACGCCGACAAAGACAACUACCUGAACUACCACAAGAGGUUGAUAGAUCUGGUGAAGGUGGGCGGCGUGAUCGGCUACGACAACACCCUGUGGAACGGCUCCGUCGUGGCUCCGCCCGACGCUCCCAUGAGGAAGUACAUCAGGUACUACAGGGAUUUCGUGCUCGAGCUCAACAAAGCCUUGGCCGCCGAUCCCAGGAUCGAGAUCUGCAUGCUUCCCGUCGGCGACGGCAUCACCCUCUGCCGCCGCAUCUCCUGAUCCAUCCACACCCUCGUCGGUCUCCUCGUCUAUUCAAUUCCUUUGCUUUGCUUUUUCUUUUUUUUUACCGGCCCUAUACGUCUUCAAAUCGAUUUGAUAUUAAUGUUCUCUUUUUAAGAUAAUUAUACUCCCUAUUGUAUUGUGCUCGGUCUAUUGUAUGCCGCCGUCCUUUUGAUAAAUCAAUUAUCUACGGUGAAAUCCAGUGCGUGCUCGAGGAUUCACGGUGGAAAUUUGGCUUCAAUCUGAAUUUUGAACUUUAAUUAAACAAAAAUUGUAAUUUAUUUUAGUAUAAAAGUAACUUUAUUGA